AUCUCUGUUCGUGGGGCAGAGUAACACUUUUAUCUGCAAGAUUCGUUCGUUUUAUGAAAAAACGCGUCGAUUGCAUUAAAUGUGAAUUUUAAUAUAUAUUUUAAAAAUAAAAUAUGGAAUAUACGUUAGAAGAUGCUUUUGAAUCGCUGGUAGAGAGAAAGAAAGAACAGGAGAAAAAUAUUGAAGAUCUGAUAAACAAACUAUCGAACAAUGAAAUUUUCACAAUAAAAUCGUCCACCUCACUGGACGACAUGAGAAUCAAACAGAACAAGUUACAUGAGAGCUUGCGUAAGGAAAUCCAACAGGUGGAACCCAAAGAUUAUCCAAUUUUGAGAACAUCUGACUUACAUGCAGAAGUGAUAAUCGAGCUGGAGGCAGAGAUUCACGACAUGCAAAAACUUCUCAAUAAUCUGCAGCAAAAGCUUUCCGACAUCCAGGAGGACAUUGCAUAUUUGAGAAAUAAGAAAGAUGGACUGAAUAAAAUGAAGGAAGCUUAUCUGGAUAUUACAGAAACCUUUGCAAACAUAACUUACAAGAAGGAACUUAGCUCAGUGAAAAGUUUAUUUUUCCAAGUGAAGAAAGAUUUGCAUGUUGUGGUGAACGUAAUUUUUCCGGACAAUGAAGACUUCCAGGAUUUAUUAGCGAAGCUAACGAAAGCUUACAUGAAAGGGGGAGAUGAUGUUUAUAUAGAUGUCAUACCUAACGAAUUGAAUUACAUAAAUUUUCUACUGGAAGCCGAUAUAAUACAAUACCAUCCUAAUGAUAAGACUAAAAUUAGAAUGAUGGAGUUAUUAUGAUAUCCGGUAAUUAUCUAAUGUUUUAAAUAUUUUUGUACCUUAUAAUUUUGUACAACCUCGUGCUACCACCGUGAUGUAGCAUAAUAU